UUGUUUAUUUAUUACGUCUAGCAGCAUAAUAAUGCGAAUCGCUAUCGAGUACGCGUAUCGACCGACAUCGAGUAUUAUUGUGGUGUGGGCUGCGUUAGUGCUGGCUUCAGUGAAUGCUUUCAGCCUCAAAAAAUUUAUUGCGCAAUGAUGAUGUAGUGCACUGGGCAUAUGUCUGUACACCUACUAGCUGUCGCAGCUGGUUGCAAUUUUUUAGAGAUGAGAUUUAUAUUUUACAAUGUGUUGAUUUGUGUUAUUACAUAUUUUAAACAUUUUGAAUCGCUACCUUUAUCGAUUUUUGCUAUUUUAAGUGAUUUUUGAAUCAGAAAUAGUAAUAUUAAUUCAGGGAAUUGACGGAAUACUCUGGCCGAUUGUGUAUACUUGUGGACAGACUGAAAACAGCAUGGCGGACCCUGCCGAAGUCGACCAGGAACCUUUCCGAACCUUCGGCGAUCCUCUACAUCCUUCCAGUGAUCAACUGUUAUCUGAUGCCUUCCCCGAAAUGAACAGUAACCAACCGGACUCCGCCAUCCUUCCCGUCCAAACGAAAUCGAAAACUGCUCUGAAAAAAGAACUCCGUUUCCAGAAACGAACGGAACGCUGCAAAAUCAACCGUGCCAACGAGAAGCUGCGGCGCAAAGAGAAAUUACUGGCCAGCCGAAAACGCAUGCAGGCCGCCUCUACCCCUGAGCAUCCCUAUGUAUCGCGGCGCGUGGAACGACGGAUGGCGCGGGAUAAGUUGACCAAGGCGUUGACGGAGGGAGUGCGGCUGUGCGUCGACAUGAGCUUCGAAGAGCUCAUGUCGCCCAAAGAAAUCGGCCAGCUGGCCAGCCAGAUUUGCUACAUGUAUUCGUCCAAUAAGAAAGUGGAGAAGCCCUUCUGUAUGCAUUUAACCAGCCUGAAACAGGGGACGAAGCUGCAUGAGGAGGUGGUUAAACGUUGUCCUGGAUUUGAUAAUUACAAGAUAAAAGUCUUUGAGGACCCAUUGGAGAAAGUAUUCCAAAAAGAGGAAUUAGUCUACAUGUCGCCCGAUUCCCCCAAUAUCUUGGAGCGUAUCGAUCCCAGCAAAGUGUACGUCAUCGGGGGCCUGGUGGACGGGACGCCGAAACGACAAGUCAGUUUGUCGCGGGCCCAGGCGCUCAACUGCCAGUCGGUGCGUCUUCCCAUUGCUGAGCAUAUGAAGCGUUCGGCAUCACACGGAAACACCAUUCUGACGCUGAAUCAGGUGUACGAAAUUCUCAUGCGAUUCAAUGAAACAAAUUCGUGGGAACAAGCUCUGGACGCCUGCGUGCCUCGAAGGAAAGGUUUUACUGUCAACGGACAAGCGGAUACGCCGACCGCCGAGGAGGAGGAUAAAACUGAUGUAUUGCAAGAGGAAACAAAUAGAGAAACUAUUACAUCAUGAAACACCAUGCCUUUGUUAGCUUUUGUAAUGGAAAAGUUUUAAGCUUUGAUUAUGUGCUGCAGUUGAAUGCUAAUGUGUUAGCCAACUUAGUCCUGGUUUCUGAGAUCGGAAGUAAUCUUUGCAUUGGGCCCGUUUGGACGGUGUGGUGAUUCCGUUGAGACAGUGUGCCAGUUGCGUAUCACAUUGGCAUUGGGCGUGUUUGCACGGUUGGCUGUCCUCUGCAAAAGUGGAAAUGAACGUUUAUUGUUUCAUUCUUAGAAGUGAAGAUAUGUCAGCAUCUUGGUCAGAAUAAGUAUUGUU